AGCAUUUGAAAUUGGACCGUGUUAGAUUCACGGCAGACCUUAUUCACACGUUUUAAACACACGUUGACUGUGAUUAUAUGUAUUUUCCGGUGCUUGUCAAUUACGAAUGCUGUAUCCCUUCAUGCAAGAUAAACUUCACAUUUGAGGGUUCCCUCUCAUUACCAUCUUAUCAAGAUGGCAGAAAUGAACAACGUGAAAGUUGCUAUAAGAGUCCGUCCAUUCAUAUCAAGGGAAGAAGGACAGGAACAAUUCUGGCAAGUUAAAGAAAAAGUUAAAAUUUGUGAAAUUGACCCUGUGACACUAAAAAGCGUUUCCAAGUCAUACUACUUUGAUCGUGUGUUUGACUCGCAUGAAACUACCAAUGAUGUGUACAGUGAAAUUGGCUUGCCGAUUGUACAAUCUGCCAUGGAUGGCUACCACGGAACUAUUUUCGCAUAUGGACAAACUUCUAGCGGUAAAACCUAUACAAUGCAGGGGACUGAGCGGAAUCCUGGGGUUAUUCGCAGAGCCAUCCGGGAUAUUUUCGACUCUAUUGAGAAGACUCCAGAUCGCGAGUUUCUUUUGAGAGUUUCAUACUCAGAGCUUUACAAUGAAGAGUUGAAAGAUUUGCUGUCAAGUGAAAAGAAGUCUUUGACCAUCAGAGAAGAUGGGAAAAGAGUCUUUGUUCAAAACUUGACAGAAGAAUUGGUGAAUGGUUAUUCGCAAGUUAUGGAUUUACUUCGUAAAGGAGAAGGACGCCGCCACAUUGCUGGUACCAACAUGAAUGAACACAGCAGUCGAUCCCACACUAUCUUCUGCAUUGUUAUUGAAAGUCGUGAAUACGAUGAAAGCAAUGAGAGCAAUGAUACUGCAGUGAAAGUGGCUCACUUGAACCUUGUUGAUUUAGCCGGGUCAGAACGUGCCAAUGAGACUGGUGCCGAAGGGACGCGACUACAGGAAGCCUGCAAGAUCAACCAGUCCUUAUUUUGUUUGGGGCAAGUUAUCAACAAGUUGAGCUCUGGUAGUUCUCAUAUUCCAUAUCGAGAGUCGAAACUGACUCGAAUGUUGCAGAGCUCUCUUGGUGGUAAUGCGAAGACUGCCAUUAUCUGUACAGUGACACCAGCAACAGUAAAUCUCACACAUAGCACCUUGCAGUUUGCAAGCAGUGCCAAGACAGUCAUGAACAAUGCCAAGAUGAACGAAGUCCUUUCUGAUGAAGCUAUGCUGAAAAAAUAUAAAACGGAAAUAAAGGGCUUGAAGGAGAGAAUACAGCAGCUUGAAGAAGGAAACGCUUCAGUAUUAGGUCCAGAAACGCAACUCCAGUUUGCUGAGUUGUUGGCCUUUAAAGAAAAACAGGAAGAGCAAAUAGAAAAACUCAAGAAAUUAUUUAUAGUGUCAAGUGUUGCUUCCACGCCAAAGAAAAUCAAGACGAAGAGCAAUCGUCGAGAGACUUGGUGUCCUGGGACAAGAAAACCGUUUUUUCCUCCGCCUCGAUUAGGAGCAGCAUCUUUGGGAUUGUCGCCGAUUGGAGAAUGCUCCUCUGAUGAACAAACUGUUAUGAGUGUUUUUAGGAAACAUAAUCUUAGUGUUCGUGGUGAUGAGACAGAAGCGUCUUUUAGUGGCACCAUCGAAUUCUCUCCUGCUUGUGAUAACUCCGUUUUUCUUAAUGAUUUGGAUGAAAAAGCCCAACAAUUAGAUUCCAGCCUACCUGUCAAGUUUGAAGAAAUGCCUCCUCCUCCACCACCACCUCCUCAAUCGUCUGUCACAUCCCAGAGACGCAAACGCAGGAAUUUAGUGCAUUUUGCUGAUGCUCCAAUGAAGCUUCUUGAAGAACAUACACAGGACAAAGGAUCUCAGACAGAUACAGUGGAGGAUGUUGUCAUAGAGACGAAUAUUGAUGCAAAUGACGAACUACAACAGCAGUUGUCAGAACUUUCCUCUGUGUCUGAAUCUCUGACUGCGGAGAAUAUUGACCUACAAAAUCAACUGUUCAAUGCGGAGAACAGAGUUGAGGAACUUGUUCUAGUUAAGUCUCAGCUGGAAGAGGAAGCUUCUCUUCAACAGCAGCAAUCUGCAGAAAAGCUGGAAGAGAUUCUGAUUGAGAAUACACGUCUAAGGGAAGAGAUAAUUUCUAAAGAAGCUGGUGAACAAGGUGGUUCAACUCAUCUGGAGCAAACUCUAGCAGAUCUGGAAAUGCUAUUACGAGCUCGCGAAGUAGAGAUAAGCAUGCUUAAAGAGAUGGUUAGUGCAGCCGAGGAUGAAAAAGACAAUUUACGUGAAAGGCACUCUGCGUCAGUGUCAGAAUUGAACCAGCGUAUUGAAGAGUUACAAAACCAACCACGGAAUGAAUUACUGGUGUCUACAUCAAAUGAAAAUGAUGAAGUGCAUUUAUUGAAACAAAAGAAUGAAGAGUUUAAAAAAGAACUUGAAGAGGCUCUUGGACUCUGUGAAAGGGUUGUCAUGGAGAAAACAACAUUGGAACAAGAUUUUGAGAAUGCUAAAGAUGACCGUGACAGAUUGCAUGGCGAUUAUCUGAUGCUACAAGGACAAUAUGAGGCGCUUCACACUGAGCUGGAAAAGAAAGAAUCAGAACUAAAGGAUUUAGAAGAAUUCACAAGACUUGAAAAAGAUGUUGAAGAACAAGAAAUCGCAGAAGUAAAGGAAAAACACCAAUUGGAUAUUAGUCAUUUCAAGACAAAUUUAGAAUCCCAAACCGAAAAAAUUAAUGAACUGUCAGAGCAGGUGACACAUUAUAAGAGAAUAUCUUGUGAGAUCGCCGGCGAUGCAAAUAUUGUUCAGACAGUGGAAUCAUUGAGGAAAAGUUGUAGCGAUGCUGAACAGGUUGCCAUGGAUACCAACAAAAAGCUCUCACAGAAGGUUACUGAAAGUGAAGCCUUGAAAGAAAAGUUGGAGAAACUACAGAAACAAGUGAAACAACUGGAAACUGAAAAGUCAGACUUUGAAUUUCAUAUUGAAAUGCAGCAGAAAAGACACAACUCGUUGUCGAAGCAGCUGAGAGAAGAUUUACAAUGUACAUUCUCUGAAAUAUCCCAACUUAAAGGGGAAGAAGUGGUAUCUGUGGACCAGUUGAGUAGUUCUGGUAAAGAGAAAAUUGAACAGUUGGAGACUGAGGUGAAGAGGCACUCGGAGACGAUUGGAGAACUGGAAGCUGAAAGGCAGAAUUUGUCUCUAAAACUGACAGAGAUCGAAACACAUCGAGAGGCCUUAACAAAAGAUUUACAAGCCAUGGAGAAGGAGAAGGGUGAGGCUGAAGAGCAGUGUCUCAUCCUGAAAGCAGAGAGAGAAAGUUUGAAUGCGAAAAUAGAGGAGCUUUUGAAAACUACUUCCGAGCUAGAGGUCUUAAAAGAUUUACACGCCAUGGAGAAGGAGAAAGAUGAAGCUGAAGAGCAGUGUCUCAUCCUAAAAGCAGAGAAAGAAAGUUUGAAUGCGAAAAUAGAGGAGCUUUUGAAAGCUACAUCCAACCUAGAGGCCUUAACAAAAGAUUUACAAGCCAUGGAGAAGGAGAAGGCUGAGGCUGAAGAGCAGUGUCUCAUCCUGAGAGCAGAGAAAGAUAGUUUGAAUUCUAAAAUAGAGGAGCUUUUGAAAGCUACAUCCAACCUAGAGGCCUUAUCAAAAGAUUUACAAGCCAUGGAGAAAGAGAAGGCUGAGGCUGAAGAGCAGUGUCUCAUUCUGAGAGCAGAGAAAGAAAAUUUGAAUGCGAAAAUAGAGGAGCUUUUGAAAGCUACAUCCAACCUAGAGGCCUUAACAAAAGAUUUACAAGCCAUGGAGAAGGAGAAGGCUGAAGUUGUAGAGCAGUGUCUCAUCCUAAAAGCAGAGAAAGAAAGUUUGAAUGCGAAAAUAGAAGAGCGUUUGGAAGCUACAUCCAACCUAGAGGUCUUAAGAAAAGAUUUACAAGCCAUAAAGAAGGAGAAAGAUGAAGUUGUAGAGCAGUGUCUCAUCCUAAAAGCAGAGAAAGAAAGUUUGAAUGCGAAAAUAGAGGAGCGUUUGGAAGCUACAUCCAACCUAGAGGCCUUGAAAAAAGAUUUACAAGCCAUGGAGAAGGAGAAAGAUGAAGUUGUAGAGCAGUGUCUCAUCCUAAAAGCAGAGAAAGAAAGUUUGAAUUCUAAAAUAGAAGAGCAUUUGAAAACUACGUCAAAACUUGAAGCCUUAAGGGACUCGAUAGUAUCUGAUUUGGAAGCUGAACAGAAUUGGCAUGUCGAGAGUAACCAAAAAUGUAUGGUGUUGGAAUCGGAGAAAGAGAACUUGCUUUUGAAAAUGAAAAGUCUUGAAGACAGACUGCUCUCAUUAAAUGCAGAAAAUAACAUUGAUGAACAGUCUCAGGAGAUUGAAGUUUUGAAAUCAAAAAUAUUGGAGCUUGAAAAUGAACGUGAUAUUCUAAGUAAUCAAGUUGGUGACUUGAUAACUGAAAAGGAAACACUUACGAGUAGUAUGGUAGAACUUGGAGAAAUCCAGAAAUCUGAAAAUAUGGAGGAGAGCCAGACUUUGAUGAUGGAAAAAGCUGAAAUGAUCGAUAAAUUGAAGAACUUAGUGAACGAAAAGGAUGAUUUAAGUUCACAGGUUGAGGAAUUGAAUAUUGAAAAAGAAAACUUGGUCGCAAUGUUAAGUGAUUUUCAAAAAUCUUCUUCUGAAUUGUUGGUGUCGAAACUUCAGGUUGUGUGUAGCGAGAGAGAUGCCUUGGUAGAGAAAGUACAAUGUCUGGAAAGAGCACAGAAAACUGCUCAGUCCGAAAUUGAACAGCUAAAUACAGAGAGACUAGAAAUGAUUAUAAAAAUUCAAGAAUUAGAAAUUCUGCAAUCGUCCGACAAUACUGAACUAGACUCAAAGUAUUCAGCCUUGUUACAGAGCUUAGCUGAAGUUAAAGAAGCCCUCAGGGAUGCAAGAUCUGAAAAAGCAGCGUUAGAAACCGAAAAGGAAGACUUGUCUACAAAACUAAGGAUGCUUCAGUCAGAAAAAGAGAACCUGAUGGAUCAAUUGAUGACUGUCAAAGAAGAGCUGGCGAGCUUGACAGAAGAACGAGAUGAACUGAAAUCUGAUUUAAAUGACAACAUCAAUGAAGCGAUUGUCGUGCAGGAUGAUCUGUUACAACAUCAAGAUAUGUUGGAAGAGAGUAAAAACAAAAUAAAGGAGUUGAAGGAAGCGCAACAAGACAUGGUUUCUGAAAUGGAAUUUAUGGUUCAACAACAGCAAACUUUGCAAUCUGACCUCGAAGAAGAGCUAUCAAAGAAUCUGAAGAUGUGUGAGCAAGUCAUGAUGUUUGAAGUUAAUGAGAAAUCAUUGAAAGAUGAGAUUAAUUCCUACAAACAACAGAUGGAUGAAGCAACUGUAGAAUUGGAGAAACUCACAAACAAACAAAUAGAAUCUGAGGAUGCUUCCUUAAAGGUUUCCGAAGAGAAUGUGAUCCUCCAGGAAAAACUGUGUACACUUGAAACCAAACUUUCAUUAGCUGUGGAAAGUGUACAAGACACAACGGGAAGCAGUGAAGAAUGUCAGAGACUGAACGACCAAGUGCAAAGGCUACUGGUUGAUUUACACAAAAUGGAAGAAUUAGAAGAAUUGACGAGAAAAGAAGCUGAUAUUUUGCAGAAGGAAGUGGAGGAACUGAGAGCUGAGCUGACAUUAAGCAAUAAACAGAACGUUCAACUGGAGGAAAACGGAACGGAAAGCAGUGAGGAAUGUCAGAGACUAAAUGACCAAGUGCAAAGGUUACUGGUUGAUUUACGUCAAAUGGAAGAAUUAAAAGAAUUGACGAGAAAAGAAGCUGAUAUCUUGCUGAAGGAAAUGGAGGAACUGAAAGCUGAGCUGACAUUAACCAAUAAACAGAAUGUUCUUCUGGAAGAAAAUCUGCGUGCUGCAAAAGAUAUUUCCGAUAGUCUUUCUGGCUUGCAAGAAGAAGUUGAUGAACUGAGGCAGAAGAAUGAGUUUUUAGAGAAAGUGAAAACAGCAUCCUUUAAUGAAACUUCAGGUCUUCAGGUGAAAUUAGUUGAAUUGGAAAGACAGUUACAGUUAGAGAGGGCAGUUAAUGAAGACAUAAAUGGCCAAGUUGGUAACUCUCAGGAAAUCAUUGCGGAGUUUGAAAGAAAGUUACAAGAGGAAUGU